CAGGUAUUUUACUGGAAACAUCCUGCAGUGGAACUUCAGCAGAGGAGCAGAAACACUCGGUAACAACCUGGAGAAGAAUUUACUUUACUAAACUUAUGUUUUAAUACAACUGAUGUGAGUUUUUAACUUCACUUUAUUCCUGAGAUUGAAGUCAAACAUCAACUGGAAGCUGAGGUUCCGGUCCAGGUUCUGGUCCAGGUUCCGGUCCAGGUUCUGGUCCAUCAUGGCUGCUGCAGAACCUGACCUGCAGCCUGUGAAACGAAGAAACAGCCUGGAACUUAUUCCUCCUUCCAUGUCUGAGCUCAGAGUGGUUCUACUGGGAGGAAACUGGUCUCAGAGGAGUUCAGUGGGGAACUUCAUACUGGGAUGUAAUGGAUUCAACAAAUCAUUGAACACCUUUAAGAAGAUUUCUGCUGAACUGGAAGAGAAACAAAUAUCAGUGAUCAACAGUCCAGAUGUUUUGUUCUCCACAGCAGAAAAACUGACAGAGUUCAUUAGAAAAUGUGCUGAAGUCUCUGAUCCUGGACCUCAUGUCUUCCUGUUGGUUCUUCAUUCUGAAAGUUUCACUAGAGGAGAGAAAGAUAAGAUCUGCAGAAUCCUUCAAGACUUCAGUGAUCGAUCAUUUGAUCAUUCAUUGGUUCUGAUCCUGAAGUCCAGACAGGAAGGUUCUAUGAUCGGUUCUCCUCUGAAGGAUCUGAUCAGAAAAUGUAGAUACAGAAAUUUAAAGAUGGAGGAAACUGAACCUGAGCAGCUGCUGAUUCGCUUUGGUCAAAUUGCAAGAGAAAAUUAUGAAAAUCAUGUGAGAUAUGAAGAUUUUGUAGAAGCAGCAACAACUUUACCGUCAGACCAUCAGACUCAGAAACGACCAGCAUCCAGACCUGCUGCUGUUAAACCCAAAUCUAGAGGAGAGCAGAUUCUGCCUCCUUUAAACCUGGUUCUGUUUGGUCCAAAUGAACCACUGAAGACGGCAGCAGCCAAGGUCAUUCUAGGUCACAAGGAUCUUCCUUCAGAGUGUGUUAGAAAGCAGGGAGAGGUGUUUGGACGUGGGGUUUCUCUGGUGGAGCUGCCUGCGCUGUAUGGAAAAGCUGAGCAGGAAGUGAUGGAGGAAUCCUUCAGGUGUGUCUCCCUCUGUGAUCCUGAGGGUGUCCACGCCUUCAUCCUGGUCCUACCUGUGGGUCCCCUCACUGAUGAAGACAAGGGAGAGUUACACACCAUCCAGGACACAUUCAGCUCUAGAGUCAACGACUUCACCAUCAUCCUCUUCACUACAGAGUUGGAUCCUGAACAUCCAGAUGUUGAUAAGUUUAUAAAGGAGAACAAGAACAUCCAGGAUCUCCUCCAGAUCUGUGGAGGAAGAUAUUUUGUUCUGAACAUCAGAGACAGACGGCAGAUCAAAGAACUGAUGGAGACGCUGCAGAAAAAUGUUUCUGACAGAGAGAAAGAUUCAUCUUAUACAACUAAAACAUUAUUAUGGGGCCAAAUGGAGGAAAAACUGCAGCUACAGAAUAAACUGAAGAAGUUUGAAUCAAAGACUGUGGCUACAGACCCUCAGCAGAUCCCAGCAGCAGAUUGUCUCCGGAUCGUUCUGAUCGGGAAAACUGGUGGCGGGAAAAGUUCAUCAGGAAACACCAUCCUGGGCAGGAAGCAGUUUGAAGCUAAAGCGUCUCAACAGUCGGUGACUAGAAACUGUCAGAAAGCCCAGACUGUGAUCGCAGGUCGGCGGGUCGUCGUGGUCGACACUCCUGGUCUGUUUGACAACACUCUGACCGCCGACCAGGUGGACGAGGAGCUGCUGAAGUGCAUCAGCCUGCUGGCCCCGGGGCCACACGUCUUCCUGCUGGUGCUGCAGGUCGGCAGAUUCACAGAGGAAGAGAAACGGACUUUAAGGCAAAUGAAGAAAGUUUUUGGUAAAAACUCAGAAGAUUUCACCCUCAUUCUGUUCACUGGAGGAGAUAAACUGCAGUACGAAGAGAAAACAAUAGAAGAAUACAUUAGAGAGGGAUGUGAUGAAUCCUUUAGGAAGCUGGUCAACGACUGCGGAGGAAGAUUUCACGUUUUUAAUAAUUAUGAUACAAAGAACCGAUCACAAACCAAUGAACUGAUCCAGAAGAUCAAUAACAUGGUGAAGAAGAACAAAGGAAAAUGUUUCACCAGCGAGAUGCUGCAGGAGGCCGAAGCUGCCAUCCAGAGAGAGGUGAAGAGGAUCCUGGAGGAGAAAGAAGAAGAAAUUCAGAAACUGAAGGAGGAACUUCAAAAGAAACACCAAGAAGAAAAAGAAACACUGAGAAGAAAAAUGAAAGAACAGAGAGAAGAGAUGGAGAAAGAGAGAAAACAGAGAGAUGAACAAUUUAAAGAGAUGGAGGAAAACAACAGGAAGGAGAGAGAGCAGAAAAACAGAGAACAGAGAGAAAGAGAAGAGGAAGAGAAGAAAAGAAAAGAGGAGGAAGAACGACAACAACAACAGUGGGGAAAAGAACGACAAGAUUUAGAGAAAAAGAUCAAACAGGAAUCAGAAGAAAAGGAAACAAUCGACAGAAAACUGGAAGAGAUGAGAAAACAGAUGGAGGAAAAACGAGACGCCUGGGAGAAGGAAAGAAAGGAGUGGUGGGAAAAACGACACCGAGAAGACGAAGAGAGACGAGAAGAACUGAAGAGAUUUCAGGAGAAAUACGAAAAAGAAAGAGAGAAAUAUGAAAACCAGAGGAGAGAAGAUGAAAAGAGGAGGAGAGAACAGGAGGAGGAGAGGAAAGAAUUAGAGGAAAAAUAUCAGAAUCAACUGGAGGAAGUAAAGAGGAAGUUUGAAGACGAAGCCAGAAAACAUGCAGAAGAAUUUAAUGAGUUCAAAGAAAAAUAUAAGAAAGAUUUUUCUGCUCUGCUGCAAAAACAUGGAGAGAAACGAGAGAAAUGAAGGAAAAACAACAGAAAGAAAUGAGAGAAAAACUGAAAGAGUGAAACGAUUAAACAGGUCAAACAUCAAAUUUAUGAUAAAUAUGAUUAAAAUGAAUGAAUCAUAGAAACAAAAAGUAAAAAAUGUCAGAAAAAA